AUGGAGGCAGCCACAGAUCCUCAGGACACAGCCUCAUUAAUCCUGAAGUUUGAGUUUAACCCAAAGCUGGGGAUUGAUAAUCCUGUCCUUUCGCUGUCCGAAGACCACGACCUCUCUGAUCCCUGGAGUCUGGGGCGGCCUCGCUUCUGUCUGCUGAGCAAAGAGGAGGGCGGGAGUUUUGGCUUCCACCUGCAGCAGGAUCUGAGAAGAGCUGGGCAUGUGGUGUGCAGGGUGGAGCCAGGCACCUCUGCACAGCGUCAGGGUCUUCAAGAAGGAGACCGGAUCCUGGGGGUGAACAGCCAUGUCGUGGAACACGAAGACUAUGCAGCGGUGGUGCGCCAUAUCCGGGCCAGUGGUCCCCGGGUGCUGCUGACGGUUUUGGCGCGGCAAGUGCAUGAUGCGGCCCGAGCUCAGCAGGACAACGAUGCUCAAUUCUGUCCUAUCCUAGGCCCUGGGGUCCGGCCCCGGCUGUGCCACAUAGUGAAAGACCAGGGUGGUUUUGGCUUCAGCAUCACCCAUGGACAGCAGGGUCCUUUCUGGUUGGUGCUGAGCACCGGCGGAGCAGCUGAGCGGGCAGGGGUGCCCCCUGGGGCCCGGCUGCUAGAAGUGAAUGGGGUCAAUGUGGAGAAGUUCACUCGUAACAAACUCAGCAAGAAGCUUUGGCAAAGUGGAAAGCAGGUGACUCUGCUGGUGGCAGGGCCAGAAGUGGAGGAACAGUGUCGCCAGCUUGGAAUGCCCCUGGCUGCACCCCUAGCAGAGGGCUGGGCACUGCCCACCAGACCCCGCUGUCUGCACCUAGAGAAAGGGCCCCAGGGCUUCGGGUUCCUGCUUCGUGAGGAGAAGGGCCUUGGUGGUCGCCUCGGGCAGUUCCUGUGGGAGGUGGACCCAGGAUUGCCAGCUGAGAAGGCCGGGAUGCAGGCUGGGGACCGGCUGGUGGCUGUGGCUGGGGAGAGCGUGGAGGGGCUGGGCCAUGAGGAAACAGUGUCCAGGAUCCGGGCACAGGGCUCCUGCGUCUCCCUCGUUGUUGUCGACCCUGAGGCUGACCGCUUCUUCAGCAUGGUCUGCCUGUCCCCACUCCUCUUUUUGGAGAGCACAGAGGCCCUUGCCUCUCCCCAAGACACCCUCUCAGUGCCGCCCUUGGUUGAGGCCAGGGACCCAUCAGCUGAAGACACAGCUGUGCUCCCUACCGUGCUUGGCUCCCGCCAGUGCUUCCUGUACCCUGGGCCCGGCGGUAGCUAUGGCUUCCGACUCAGCUGUGUGGCCAGUGGGCCCAGUGUCUUCAUUUCUCAGGUGACCACAGGAGGCUCAGCUGCCCGGGCUGGGCUACGAAUGGGGGACAUGAUCCUGGAGGUGAACGGGUGUCCUAUGGGUAGACAGAAUGACCCAGAAAGGCUUCAGCAGUUGUUUGAGGCUGAACCACCCCUCUGCUUGAAGCUGGCAGCCAGGUCUCAGCAGGGUUUGGAAGCCUGGAUUCCCUCAAAGUCUGGAGAGGACUGGGCUCAGGCCUCAGAUGUGCUGUAGUGCUCCCCUGCUUGGCGCAGAGCUACCCAAUGGCUUUCUUGUCUUCACUUUCCAACCUGAGGUGGUAGGAGCAGAGGUGCUCUUUUUAAGCCAGAAGCUGGAGCUCAAGGACUCCGGAUAUCUCCAAUCACAGGAUUGCCUAGGGUCUCCCUCCAUUCUCAUGGGCCCACCAACAAGUGAAGGGUGUGGUCAGAGGCCUCAUAAAGGCCCACGGGGGAGCCUAUUCCCAGCUGAUCUGCCGCUCUUGCUCCAGAGGAGGUUAUGUGGGAGCCUUGGGGAGGUGUGCCCCAACAAUGACGUUCUGCCUGAGAACGGUGGGUGGCGAGGCUAGCCAGAGUUGGAGUCAUCUGGAAGUCGCCCUAGGCAUGUAUUGCAAGUUUGGAGACCAGCUACACAUUCCCUCUGUGGGCAUCUUAGGAUUCUGGGGGCACAACCACUGUAGUAGUGGAUGCCUGGUCAGUGUAGCAUCUGAUGUUAUAGAAAUGGCCUUUCCCCACACAUCUGGCUGCCUGUGUUUGUGUUGGUGGGGGCAGGGAGGUGGUGGUUUGAAGGGACCGAGAAGG